AAGCGCAUCGUCUCGUCGGCCAUUUUACUGAUAAUGUUUUCACAUUGUUACGAAAGAUUUCUCGCGUGCUGUUAAAUAAAACAGCUCACUAAAACAGUGAUUUACAUUGGAUUUUCAUAAACAGUGUAUAAGCUAAUUGACGUUAUUAUGGAAAGUGGGUUUAGACUAAUAAUUGAGACUGUGCAGUGAAUGACGAAAUUGUGUUGAUUUUGGGACUCAAGUGUAUCUGAAAACUACCAUGUCUACGGCAGGGGAAGACGCGUGCAGUAGUGGAGGUGUCCCAACAAUACAAACCUUCCGCCCUACGUGGGAUGAGUUCAAAGAUUUCAACAAAUUCAUCCAAUACAUGGAGUCAAAGGGAGCCCACAAAGCUGGGCUUGCGAAAGUUAUUCCUCCACCAGAAUGGGUCCCCCGCAAGGCGGGAUACGACCUCAACGAUCUCAACAUCACUAUCCCCUCGCCCAUCUGUCAAGUGGUGACGGGAAAGCAAGGUUUGUUUCAACAAAUAAACAUUCAGAAGAAAGCUAUGACAGUGAAGCAGUUUUCGAUCCUGGCUAACUCUGCGAAGUACUGCACCCCGCGUCAUUCCAGCUUCGAAGAUUUAGAGAGAAAAUACUGGAAAAACGUUACGUAUGUGGCUCCUAUAUACGGUGCUGAUGUCAAUGGCAGCAUCACCGAUCCAGACGUAAAAGAAUGGAACAUAAAUCACCUCGGCACUAUUCUGGACUUUGUCAACUCUGACUACGGCAUCGAAAUUGAUGGAGUCAACACAGCAUACCUUUACUUUGGUAUGUGGAAGACUACAUUUGCUUGGCACACUGAAGACAUGGACCUCUACUCAAUAAACUAUCUGCAUUUUGGAGAGCCGAAAACAUGGUACUGCAUACCCCCGGAACAUGGGAAGAGAUUCGAAAGAAUCGCCUCCGGAUUCUUCCCAACAUCAGCCAAGACUUGCCAAGCCUUUUUAAGACAUAAAAUGACAUUGAUCUCACCACAAAUUUUAAAACAGUACUCGGUUCCAAUAAAUAAAAUAACACAAGAAGCUGGAGAGAUUAUGAUCACAUUCCCAUAUGGCUAUCACGCUGGUUUCAAUCAUGGCUUCAACUGCGCUGAGUCAACUAACUUUGCAGCUCCAAGAUGGGUUGAAUACGGCAAACGAGCAACACAGUGUACAUGCAGCAAUGACAUGGUCAAAAUAUCUAUGGAUACCUUUGUGAAGAGAUUCCAGCCUGACAGAUAUGAGCUUUGGCUUAAAGGCCAAGACAUCGGCUGCCACCCAGAGCAGCCCGAGAAGAUGGUCCCCGCUCCACAUCCUUCAGGUCAAGACAUAUUGUGCAACAAGAACAACACGGAACUACCCGAGUCAUUUAUAGAGGCUGAAGAGGAGGGCUUGAAGAAAAAGAAGCGCCACCCGCUCCAUCUUAAAAGAGCUAUGGCUAGUAAGAGCAUUUCUGAAGGUGCUAUCGCUGUUUCUAUUCUCGGAGAAGAUGUCAUGGAUGAUGCAGAAAUGACCAUGGCAGAAGGUGAUCUGGAUAUGAUGACUUCCAUGAAGCGCCGACAUCUCCCAAUGGAACCUGAUGACACACAACUUGAUGCCCUUGAAGAUAUCUGGCUGAAAGGAGAUGAAAUGGACCCAUCUGAGGCACAGCUACCCGAUAUAGGUUACAUUGACUCCGACAGAGAUUCUGAUUAUGAAGAACCUAAGAGUAAAAAAGAAAAAUCUAAAGGGAAGAGCAGAAAGAGUGGUGGCAAGAAAGAAACUAAAGCUAAAGUUAAAAAUGAGACAGAAAAAGAUGAAGAGACUGGCGAGGAGAAAAAGAAAGCUCCACCUACUCCAAAAACAAAAGGUGGUCGUAAGGUUAAGACCAAAAAACUAUCCAGUGAACAACUUGAAGAUAUGGCCGCUCUUGUUUCUACCUGGGAGUCACCGCCACAUGAAGCUGCUGUCAGUCCAAAGACAGAGGAGAAGGUUGACAACAUUGGAGAUCCAUUACAUCUAGGUCCACCAUUGCCAUCUACUACUGGAGAGACUUCAGUCCCACCAGUGAAGAAAGAGAAAAAGAAACGAAAACCGGCAGAAAAGACAGAGAAAGUGGAAAAACCAAAAAAGGAAAAAGUCAAGAAAGAACCCGUAAAAAAGACUCCUAAACCGAAGAAGGAACCAGUUGAAGGCGAAGUUCAACGCAAGCCAAGAAAACCACGAACACCCAAAAAGAACCCUAACUUUGCAUACAACUCUCCCUUACAACCAAUAAUGUCUAGUCCAAAAUUGUAUGCCCAUCACAAUCCGCCAAAAACUUACCAAGCGAACCCACCAAGUCAGAAAAGCUACACAACUCUACCACAGAAUCUGAACACUCCAGAAUAUGGCCACAAACCUGUACCGAAGGAAACUCUAAAGUCCUCAGCACCGUCCACAAUCCAAAGUACACCAGUGAAGACCUACACCAGCACAAUAAUCGACCAACAACGCGUCCCAGCAAUUGUUCAACCUAUCAAAAAGGACCCAAAUGAAUUUGUAAGCGAAUUCCAAAAAUUCUUAACCCAGACAAACAAAUCGCCACCACCAUGUUACCGCAAUACUAGCUCUAAGCGAAAACCGGCAGAAAAGCCGCCACAAAAGACGAAAACGCCGGAAAAACCAACAGAAUGGCCGCAUCCUAUAGGUCAAUAUAAUGACACUAUGUUUAUGGAAAACCCUGUUGAUUUCCGAACAGCGAUGCAGAAUGCAGCGGAUAGAUUGCAGCCUACACAACAGCAGUUAAAUCCUGAGAGAUCUCAAUGGCGACCAGAGUUAUAUUACCAGCAAAGUAUGCACCAGCCGCAGCAAAACUACCCCCCCAUGUACGGGCAGCUGCCCUCACAGUCACCUUAUUACAGAACGUAUCAUUCACCAUACUACUUUCCCAUUAGAAAGAAGGCAUGUCUGAACGUGCUGACGAAGCAGGAAGCCUCGCCCAGCGUGGAGAAGGAAGAGGUGAAGGUGGAAGUGGAGCGGUUUAUAGACCUCGCCAGGCAGAUGGAGGCGUUUUUCCUGCAAAAGAGGUUCCUCCUCUCAGCGAUGAAGCCCGAGCUGCUCGUGCGUGAGGACAACAACGAGCUCAAAUGCGAGCUGCAGCGUAAAGAAGAGCUUCUCCGCCGGCACUACGACAAAAUUAGCCAGUGGCAGACCUUGCUGGCUGAUCUACAGGGCCACGCGGUGUACAACAAGUGUCAAACGGCGCCACCGCUGCAGCAGGCGGCGUCUCCGAUGCAACCCUGUGGAGUGCAGCAAAGUGUCCAGGCUCAACAGAUGGCGGCGGCGGCAGCGGCGCAGCAAGCAGCGUUGCAGCAACAGGCGCUGCAACAGCAACAGGUACCGCGGCCCCCGCUCCCGCCCGCAUACCCCGCUGUUCCCCGCCGGUAGCGACCUCUAAACACACACCAUAAUUAUCAGGAUU